GAUGUAAAAGUCAUAGGACUUGGAGAUUCUGAUAAACUGACCAUUCUCAGAGGAUGUCCUGGUAUUCCAGGAUCCCUCGGACAGAAAGGAGAAGCUGGAGGCGUUGGUAUGAAAGGAGAAAAGGGAAGUCAGGGGACUGCAGGAAAAGCUGGUCCUCCGGGUGAAAAAGGUUUUAAAUAUUUACCUUCUCAACCUCUCACAGGUUUGAAAAACUGUAAAGAACUUCUGCAGCAGGGUACAGUGCUAAGUGACUGGUACACCAUAUACCCAGAUGGUCAGAAGCCCAUGAAAGUGCUGUGUGAUAUGUAUACUGAUGGAGGAGGCUGGAUUGUCUUCCAGAGACGUUAUGAUGGGUCUGUUGAUUUUUUCCGUGACUGGAACUCCUACAAGAGAGGUUUCGGGAGCCGCCUGACUGAGUUCUGGCUGGGCAAUGACAACCUUCAUGUGCUGACAUCAUCAGGCACAUGGGAAAUUCAUAUUGAUCUACUUGCCUUUGACAAAAUAAAGCAUUUUGCCAAGUAUGCAUCAUUCCAAGUUCUGGGAGAAGCUGAGAGGUAUAAAUUGGUACUUGGAGCUUUCACUGAGGGCAAUGCAGGUGACUCUUUGAGUGGCCAUGGCGAUAUGCAAUUCUCCACCAAGGACAAUGAUAUCACUGAAUCCAAAUGUUGCAGCGUCUAUAAAGGAGGAUGGUGGUACAAUAACUGCCACUCUUCAAACCUGAAUGGGCUCUACCUGAUGGGACAACAUGACUCCUAUGCGGACGGUGUCAACUGGCAUACUGGAAAAGGCUUGCAUUAUUCCUACAAGAUAUCUGAAAUGAAAAUUAGACCAGUCAAUUAA